UCCACAUUUCAACAUCUCUGUGCAUCUCACAGCAGUAGAAAAGCAACAUCUGAUGGCCCAUUUUUAGAAAAAAGAGAACUGCUCCUCGAUUUAUUUCUUUUUCAAUGCGAACAGACUUGUUUGCUAGAAGUUUUCAAACGGAUACAUCCUUUUUCAUGCAGGAAGAGGUGUUCGUGAGCUUCCUCUCGUGACUGACAAGUCGGUUUAGCGUUAUCCUUGAUGUAAUAACCCCAGCCAUCACUCGCACCAUAAGAUACAUGACCAAUGCACCAUGGAAGACCACACCACAGACUCAGACAACUGGGAACUGACAACAGGAUAUGACUAUGGUGAUUCAACACCGUGCACAGGGAUUGAGGAAAAGCACUUAGCAGCGAAGCUUUUGCCACCGCUCUAUUCUUUGGUGGUGAUAUUUGGCCUCAUAGGCAACAUGCUUGUUGUGCUUAUCCUGGUAAAAUACAAGAGACUGAGGAGCAUGACUGACAUCUACCUGCUCAAUCUGGCAAUUUCCGAUUUGCUCUUUGUAUUUUCUCUCCCUUUCUGGGCUUAUUAUGCUGUCCACGACUGGAUUUUUGGGGAGGCACUGUGCAGAAUUCUCUCCGGUGUCUACCUCCUUGGCUUCUACAGUGGGAUCUUCUUCAUCAUCCUGCUGACCCUAGACAGGUACCUGGCCAUAGUGCAUGCAGUGUUUGCUCUGAAAGCCAGGACAGUUACCUACGGCAUCCUCACCAGCAUGGUCACUUGGGCUGUUGCAGCGUUUGCUUCUGUUCCUGGCAUGGUAUUCCACACAACUCAGAAGGAAAAUGCACGUUACACUUGCAGUGCUCACUAUCCGUCAGAACAGAGAGAUGUAUGGAAGCAAUUCCUGACCUUAAAGAUGAACAUCCUGGGACUGGUUAUCCCAAUGUUCAUUAUGAUCUGUGGCUACGCGCAAAUUAUAAGGACAUUACUGCAAUGUAGGAAUGAGAAGAAACAUAAAGCGGUCAGGCUGAUCUUCAUCAUCAUGAUUGUCUACUUUGUUUUCUGGGCACCGUACAACAUCUGCAUUUUCUUGCGUGAUUUCCAAGGUGCCUUUUUCAUCAACACUUGUCAAGGCAGCGGCCAACUGCACAAAGCGAUCCAAGUGACGGAAACGCUCUCCAUGAUCCAUUGCUGCAUCAACCCUCUCAUUUAUGCCUUCGCUGGAGAAAAAUUUAGGAAGUACCUUCAUAGCUUUUUCCGAAAGCAGCUUGCAUUCCACUUCCCUAAAUUCUGUCCCGUUUUCUAUGUUGACACAGCUGAACGGGCCAGCUCCACCUACACGCAGUCUACUGGGGAACAAGAAGUUUCUGCUGCCUUGUAAGCUGUGCCCAGCAAAAAGGUGGAAUUGACUAGUGUGGAAUUAAGUCUAUGAUGGAAACCUGCAGAAUCGGUCCUGGAUGUUGGCUCCAAGGCAGCUGCAAAAGACCACAGGAUGCAUGUUUACUAAAGCUUGGUUUUGUUCAUGUAUUUGGGUAUUUGUACAUAAAUGGCUUUACACUGAAACAGGGGAAGUUCAGGUUAGAUCUAAGGCAGAAGCUCUUCCCUGUGAGGGUGCUGAGGCGCUGGCACAGGGUGCCCAGAGAAGCUGUGGCUGCCCCAUCCCUGACAGCGUCCAAGGCCAGGUUGGACACAGGGGCUUGGAGCAACCUGCUCUAGUGGAAGGUGUCCCUGCUCAUGGCAGGGGGUUGGAACUGGAUGAGCUUUAAGAUCCCUUCCAACGCAAACCCUACUUUGAUUCUAUGGUUAAUGAAAAGGAUGCAUCAAAUUAGCUACCUAGAUAUGCUCUCGUGUAGGGGAAAAACAGUGUUCUCUUUAUUUGUGUGACUGUAAAAGCAUUGUCUUGCAUCACAGAGCCCAAAAUCACACAAAGGCUGGGGGUCUAAGCUA